AUGGGAAGGCGUAAGUCGAAGAGAAAGCCACCGCCGAAGGCAAAAGCAGUGGAGCCACUGGAAACGCAGUUCAACUGUCCAUUUUGUAAUCACGAAAGAGUAUGUGAGGUUAAAAUGGACCGAGAACGAAAUGUGGGAUUCAUAUCGUGCCGUGUGUGCUCCGAGGAUUUUCAGACUCCAAUCAAUUAUCUUUCGGAGCCGAUCGAUGUGUAUUCAGAUUGGAUCGAUGCCUGUGAGUCUGCGAAUUCGUGA